AUGAUGAUGUCAGUCAGAAUGGCUCCUCCUCUUCCUCUCCUCAUUCUGCUUAUGAUUCACAGGAUUUCUUGUGGUGAUUGGGGUGUGAGUUAUAGUGCGCCACACUGUGCACUAAAGAACUCAACAGUGAUAAUGAGCUGUAACUAUACAUACCCUACUGGACAUCAGAUCAAGAAUGUUUUCUGGACAAAAGAAAAAGACAGAAAAGAAAAGGAGGAUCAUCCAGAUCUGUCCGAGGACCCUGAAUACAGUCAGAGGCUUCAGUAUCUGGGAGAUAAACAGAGGUACUACACCAUCAGAUUGAGUCAAGUGACAAAGAAGGACGAACACCAAUAUUUUUGCAGAAUCACUACUAACCAACCAGGUGGCAAAUGGAUUGAUGUUUUAGGAGUGACUUUUAAUGUCACAGAUCUUCAGCUGGAGUCUCCUGAGAGAGUGACAGAGGGAGAUUCAGUCCGUCUGACAUGUAAAAGCAGCUGUAAACUGACUGACACACCAACAUUCAUCUGGUACAGAAACUCACAGCUACUGACUGAAGGAACUAUUGGAAACAAACUCAUCCUCGAUCCAGUCAGAAGAGAAGAUUUAGGCAGAUAUAGAUGUGCUGUACAUGGACACACACUCACAUCACCUGAGGUCUAUCUCAAUGUCAUGUACCCACCAAAGAGCGUCUCAGUGUCCGUCGGUGGAUCUGCUGUAAUGGAGGGAGAUUCAGUGACUCUGAGCUGCAGCAGUGACUCAAACCCUCCUGCACAAAUCAGCUGGUUUAAAGAAGGAAAUAUUGUAGGAUCUGGACAAAUCUUCAGCAUCUCAAAGAUCAGCUCUGAUGACAGUGAAAAAUACAAGUGUAGAGGCAUCAAUGAACAUGGAGAGAAAUACUCUGAUCCUGUGACUUUAGAUGUCCAGUAUCCUCCAAGGGAGACUUUUAUAGUCAUCAAUAGAUCUGCUGUAAUAAUGUCUGGAGAUUCAGUGACUCUGAGCUGCAGCAGUGACUCAAACCCUCCUGCUGAAAUCAACUGGUUUAAAGGAACACAACAUAUUCGAUUUGGACGAACAUUCAACAUCUCAAAGAUCAGCUCUGAUGACAGUGGAGAAUACAAGUGUAGAGCCAAAAAUGAACAUGGAGAGAAAAACUCUGAUCCUGUGACUUUAGAUGUCCAGUAUCCUCCAAAGAGCGUCUCAGUGUCCAUCAGUGGAUCUGCUGUAAUAAUGUCUGGAGAUUCAGUGACUUUGAGCUGCAGCAGUGAUUCAAACCCUCCUGCAGAAAUCAACUGGUUUAAUGGAGAAACAUCUGUAAGGUCUGGAAGAAUCUUCAACAUCUCCAAGAUCAGCUCUGAUGACAGUGGAGAAUACAAGUGUAAAGCCAGAAAUGACCAUGGAGGGAAAUACUCUGAUCCUGUGACUUUAGAUGUCCAGUACGCCCCCAAGAGCACCUCAGUGUCUAUAAGUGGAUCUGCUGUAAUAAUGGAGGGAGAUUCUGUGAGUCUGAUGUGCAUCAGUGACUCAAACCCUCCUGCUCUGAACUUCAGCUGGUUUAAGGAGAAUCAAAGCUCAGCUGUUGGAUCUGGACAGAGUUUCAGUGCAGUACAGAGUGGACGCUUCUACUGUGAGGCUCACAAUCCACAUGGAGCUCAGAGAUCAGACGCUGUCACUGUCACUGUUAGAGGUGUGUAUCAUCAAUUGGUAAUGUGA